AAACGACAGGCAAACUCGGCCUCCGGAAUGGCAGUGCAUGAUGAGUGUAAGCUCAAGUUUCUGGAGCUGAAGGCAAAGAGAAACUUUAGAUUCAUUAUAUUCAAAAUCGAUGAAGUGAUUCAGCAGGUCAUGGUGGAGAAGCUGGGCCAGCCUGAUGAGAACUAUGACAACUUUACUGCCUCCUUGCCAGCUGACGAGUGUCGAUAUGCUGUAUUUGAUUUUGAUUUUACCACCGAUGAAAACUGCCAAAAGAGCAAGAUUUUCUUCAUAUCUUGGGCACCUGACACGUCAAGAGUGAGGAGCAAGAUGUUGUAUGCAAGCUCCAAAGAUAGAUUCAAGAGGGAACUUGAUGGGAUCCAAGUGGAGCUCCAAGCUACUGAUCCGAGCGAGAUGAGCAUUGACAUCAUCAAAGCCCGAGCUCUAUAA